AUGGAUGAGCUUAUCUCAGAACUCAGGAGCACGCAAGCAAGGAAGGAAAGCCAAACGGGCUCUACGGUGAAUGGCAAUGAUCUUCCUGCUAGCAGUAUUGUAUCAAGGGGCUUCUCUAGCGAGAUGCCUCCAGACCCAUUUGCUCAAGAAGGUUUUGAGAAGAUUUCGGAAGACGAGGAUACAAAAGACGACGUCCAUGAGCUUACAUCUUCACAAGUUCCUACCUCAUUUCAUAUAAUGAAGCUUGAUUUCGACGUAUUGUCACGGGUAAAAAAAGAAAACCAAGUCGAUGCAGACAUAAACAAGAUAAAGGGCAGCAAAAAGUAUAAGAUCGAGAAUUUAUUUGCAGGGAUUAUUAAAAAGUUGAAUGUGUUUGGAGCAGACACCGCCUGCUUGGAGCUUGUGGACGAAAGCGGAUCAAUAUGUGGGUCUUGUCCUUUGAGCGUGGUAGAUGAGUUUGGAUUAAAAGUAGGGACAAUUGUGUUGUUGUCCAAAUGCUCCCUAUGGAAGAUCAAUGGAAACCACUUGAACAUAGUAGCGUCAAACAUAAACAAAGUCAUAUGA